AUGGCACGAAGAUCUGGCACGAAGUUGGAGGGUAAUAAUCCUGGCGGAUGGAUGGUCAAAUCUAGUAUGAAUUCGACGGCAAACGCACCAGUGAAGAUUUUGACAAAUGAAUCAAAUACUGGAAAGCCCAAAUAUACUAUUGAGCAGGUUGCAAAACACGAAAACGCAAACGAUGCAUGGAUUGUUAUCAAAAAGAAGGUAUAUGACUGUACAAAGUUACUCAAAGAACACCCUGGUGGUGUUGACAGUAUUCUUAUCAAUGCUGGAACCGAUUGUACCGACGAAUUCAAUUCCAUUCAUUCUCCCAAGGCUUAUGCCAUGCUCGACGAUUACUAUAUUGGUGACGCCGCGAUACCCGUUAGCAAGACGUCACCAAUAACGGAACCCCAUGUUGAUACCCUAAUUGCCCUGAAUCCAAAAACAUGGCUAAGAUGUCCGCUCAUUCAAAAAAGAAUUAUCAGUCACGAUACUCGUAUAUUUAGAUUCUCACUGAAAACUCAGGACCAGAAACUCGUCAUACGCGCCUACACGCCUAUCACGACUUCUUAUGAUCCACCAGGCUACUUCGACCUUUUGGUGAAAGUCUACUUCCGCAAUGUCCAUCCAAAUUUUCCAGAUGGCGGACUAAUGACUCAACAUUUGGAAUCAUUGAAUAUCAAUGAUUUCAUUGAAGUGAAAGGACCCAUCGGAUCGUUCGGUCCCGUCUACCAAAUAAUAAAAUCGGUAUUACACGACAAAAAUGAUUCUACUGAAUUAUCAUUGAUUUAUGCGAAUCGAACUGAAAAGGAUAUUUUACUGCGCAAAGAAUUGAAUGAAUUGGCAAGAAGUGAGGAAAAGAGAUUCAGAGUAUAUUAUACGGUGAGUGAAAUAGUCGGAAAUCAGUGGACCUACGGGAUUGGACACGUUACGGAGAUGAUGAUUAGGAAGCAACUUCCAGCUCCUGGGGAAGAUUCGAAGACUAUUGUAUUAAUGUGCGGACCGCCGUCAAUAUUAGAAUUAGCAUGUAUUCCAAAUUUGAAAAGGAUAGGAUUUAAGGAGUCUGAAUAUUUUGCGUUCUAA